AUGAGCAGUUUUUGGUGCAUCGUACUCCCAGCGUUGGGAGGGUACAUACUCGCCUCGUUGUACCUGCUGAAGAACCCCCACAUUCUCCAUAAGAAGAAAUGCAUGGGAUUCUACUGUACACACAUUUCCCACAGAGGAGGAUGUGGAGAGCGGAUCGAAAGCACCAUGGAGGCCUUUCGUCACGCAGUGGAGCAGGGAACACAGAUGUUUGAACUGGACUGUCACUUGACACAUGAUGGAUAUGUGGUGGUUUCUCAUGAUGAAAAUUUACUGAGGCAGACAGGCCAUGACAUUACCAUCUCUUCAAUCAGCAUGCAGGAUCUACCCUUGUAUAAGCAUAGGCUUGAGGUAACUUUUUAUACAGGUCACUAUAGCAGUGGUUUUGACAGGAGGUUUGCCUUACUGGAGGAUAUAUUCAGAAAGUUCCCAGAGGUCCCUGUCAGCAUUGAAAUUAAAGAAAACAACAACCAGCUGAUAGAAAAGGUGUCUGAGUUGGUCAAACGCUACCAUAGGGAGGAGAUUACUGUCUGGGCUUCCGUGAAUUCAAAAAUCAUGAGCAAGUGCCGCAAAACGAAUGGAGCCAUGCCGUACAGUUUUUCCCUGUAUCGAGGUGUGCUUCUUCUUCUCCUCUUCUACAGUGGCCUGCUGCCCUUUGUACCACUGGGAGAGAGUUUACUACAAUUCUACCUGCCACGUAUAUUCAACAGAACAUUUAUUCCUGAGAAUAAUCUUUUGAGGAACAGAUUGAUUGUUUCUUUGAUAGAAAAAGUAACAAUGAGGAAGAGCCUCUUCAAACAUCUUGCAGCCCGUGGAAUCCAGGUGCAUUUGUUUGUGUGCAACACAGAUGAAGACAUAAGAGCGGCUUUCAAAGUGGGGGCAACAGGGGUCAUGAGUGACUAUCCCUCGCUUCUAUCAAGCUAUCUCUUAAGAAAUACUCAGGAGUGA